ACGUCACAGAUUAUUUGGGGAGUUCAUUAAAUGCAGCGAUCACAUUAAAAGAGGCAGGUACUGUGCCUGCUCUCGUGUGAACACGGGCUCGGAUUGGUUUCAUUAGGAGCAAGUUGCCAAGCGCGCUGCAGAGAGUAGCGAGAACUUGAUGCGCACUGACCCGCUGGGAGUCGCCGGCCACACCGCAGCAUUUUGCACAGCGUUUGAACUUUAAAUAAGACACGUUCCUGCCACGGACAUACCGGGGUCAUAGCAAGAAAACGAACUGUACCUAGUUUACAGGCAGAAACAGCACUUUUAAAAAGCGACGAGUUUAAGAGUGUAGUGAUUAAUACAAUAGGGCAUGUGUUGAAUUUAAAAGCGCAUGAACCCAUACAACAAGUGAUCCCAAAUAUAGCGCAUGUGGGUCUGUCUGAAAGUGUUCGUGCGAUUUCACAUUAUUAGUAGUAACACUUGGAAAGUUUGAACGUGUGUUUGGGAAGAUAAGCGCCCUAGAUGUCCAAGGGCCUGGAAAUGCGCCUCGAUUUGGAGAAGUGGGGAGAUUUGUUCAAAGAUGCAGGAGAAAAUGAGGAGGAAGAGGAGGAGGAGAUCGAUGUGGAGAGCUUAGACGGGUCCCUCUCAAAGAGCGUCGAGGGGGUGGGUGGCUGCGGGGGAGAGAAGGGAGUGAAUCCGUGUCAGGAACAGCAGCGCCGGGUAACGCGCAGCCCCAAGUGUGCGCGCUGCCGCAACCACGGCGUGGUGUCUUGCCUCAAGGGUCACAAGCGCUUGUGCCGCUGGCGGGACUGCCAGUGUGCCAACUGUCUGCUGGUGGUGGAGAGGCAGCGGGUCAUGGCAGCGCAGGUGGCGCUCAGGAGACAACAAGCUACAGAGGUCAGGAAAGAUGCCAGUGGAAAGGCCGCCCCAACCCCGUCUCGAAGGACACCGUACCAGCGCUAUCCUAUGCCUCCCAGUUUGCUGGCAAAGAGUAUACUGGAAGGGUUCAAGACCCCUAUGGCAGAAUCUCCCUGGUCGAACAGAACGCACUUCCCUAACCUCAGCGAGAGAAUGAGGAAGAGACGGGCGUUCGCCGACAAGGAGCUGGAACGCGCCAUGCUAGAGCGAGAAUUCAGACAGAAGGAGCUGGAGGACCUGGCCACGCUGCAGAUGCUCAGCCCCACGCUGCCCGCCGCACCGGGACCCAUGUGCAGCGAGCCGGGAGACCCGACACAGUGCAGCCAAACCGUUUACCUCCCCUUUGUGAACACCAGCCCCGUGUUGCUGGAAUGCGGGUUUCACUGCUGCCAGGCUGGAGAGGUGCUGGCGACGACACAAUCGAGUUCAGUGGAGUGCAGCUAUGAGCAGGUGCAAUGCGAUGUCUUGCAAAGGAGACGCCUGGACGCUGCGAGAAUGGUUUUGGAAGGUUUAGAACUCUGCCGGGGGACCUCGCACUGCCACCAGCCACAGCAGCACCAGCACCAGCAAACCGGGUUGGAAGGUAGCGCGCGUCAUAGCCGAGGAACCCGUGAGCCCCCGGGUGCACCAGUGCUCUGCAUUUCUAUGCAGAGUCCCUCUCUAGAGACUGAUGGGCUUCCUGAUCCGGAAGACCUCGGCGCUUCCAAAGGCUGGGGUUCUUCAAAUCACGUUGCCCUCCCGCUAGAACUGAAGGAAUCGGGCUGCAGACAUCAGCAUCAGCCCACUGCAAAGGAUAACUUGACUCAAGUUUCGCAGACCCGCCGCGCAAUGGUCAAGAAGACUUUGCCGUUUUCAGUAGAAUCGCUGUUGAGAGACUGAUAUAGCACAUCAUUAUCAAAACGGGAAAAAAUUAAAUAGUUUGCAAAAUAUAUAUUUUUAAAUCGUGAAUUUAUAAUACUGUAAUAAUACAAUUAAUAAAUUAUUAAUAAAUGUGGGCUUAUUGUCCAGAACUAAAGCUGUUGAUCUGGUAAAAUUCCAGCCAGGGUUCUGUGCAAUCAAAUGGAUCUUUACAAUAACCAUUACACAGAACGAGAACGCCAGCAAUAACCAAAUACAGACGCCUCCUGCCCAAAGUGCUGCUAGCAUGACCCGCAUACACGCGGACCUAAAACAGCUUUUAUUUAAUUUUUAUAUGAAGUUAUUUAUAUUUUUCACGUUUGUAACGCAUUGUUGUUUUACUGUCAGUAAUGCAUAGCGUAUGUUUAAACCCACAUGUCAGAAACUAUCAUUGCAAAGGCUUGAAAUCAAUAGAGAUGCAAAUGAUCCGCACACUGCCUGAAGUAAGCAGCUCCACUCACCGGAGGAGAAGCGCUGUUAAAAUACAUUUGAAUAAAUAAGAGCACAGGGGUCAUUGUUACAAACCAUGUACCGACCGUCGCGCUCCUACACGCAGCUAGGCUGAGUCUCGCUAGUUCUCUAAAAACACAUAUUGCAAAAUUAGCAGGAUAGUAAAAGCACAGCAAAGUGUAAUUAACACAGUGGAAGCCGGUACAGCGGAGGCAUGCCUUGCAAAGAAUAGCGAGGUGUGGGAAAGUAUAUGAAUAGACAUGGCCAGCCAGGCUCACCUGUGGUAAAUGCAGAUAACCAUGGGGAAGGACUGUGGUAAACUUCAUUAAGGGCGCACUGCAUUGCAGGCUAUCUCUUCAGCGUAUUGUCAUUGUGCAAUUAUUUGUUUAACAUCUUGACAUGUUAUUAUAAUAUGUACAAUUUUUGUGUUUGUAUUUUUGUAUUACAUAUAAUGCUACAAUAUUUUUAA